CCCAGCCUAUAGAGGGUGGGUUUUCGACGAUACGAUGGAGACUCCAAAAUGGACAUGGACGAUGAAAGACGAUCCGACAAUACAACCGGACAUCUAUCCACCCUAUGGAAGUCAGUGGCAAAAGAAGGGAUCCAAAAGAAUCGAAGACAAAGACUGUGGCUUUCACAGACAACAAAUCAUGGACCCACAAGGGAUCAUGGAGGACAAGCAAAGAAGAGACACAUGGCAAGAACUCAUCAGAGCAGGAAUCUCUACAGAAAAGGCAUUCAUUGAAAAUCUACAGGCAAGGGAAAAAGUACUAUCUGCAGAAAAAGCACAAAAGGCAGGUCCUCGGAAAGAUGAUCUGGAAGCAAUACACAAGAACAGUUCCAGCCCCACAGAAAGCUCAAGCAAACCGCUCAAACGGAAGGCGGAGCAAGACAACUCAGCACAGUCAGCCAACAGCCAGACCGCCAGCAAGGUGAGCAGAGUCAAUGAAUCUUGCUCAACAGCAGACCAAAUGGAUACAGAUGCGAAGGAAGGAGAACAAGGAGGAUCAGAGAAAACCAAGGAUGAGAACGAUGAAGGAUGUAAGGGCUCAAUGGACAAGGGGAAAAGGGAUGAAGAGGAAGAAGGGACAGGGGAAGGUCAGAAGGACAAAGCCAGAGAACAGACACCCGUCGAAGAGGAUGACAAAAUGUCCCAGGACUCCAAGGGGGAAAACACAGACCAACUCGACGAACAGCUAGGGGAGGAUGAGGAAGGAGGGAGCGAGAACUCUCUGGAAUGGCUUAAUGACUAUGUCAGGAAGCUAGAAAGAGAAAGGGAAGUGGAGUUCGAAGUCCGAGUGGCACACAAAAGACACCUCCUUAAUCUGCAAAACGUCAACUUCAACCAGUCUGACUCAAGCAUUCAAAUCCCGACUCAAAACCAGUUUGAAAUACUGGAAAAGGAACACGAACUGUCCGAUUUUUUCGCAGAGCGAUACGGACAAAGAUUGGACCAACGUGGGAAUAAUGAUCACUCCGAACAGUACCCGUUCAAAUGGCCAAAGACAUACACAAAAUCAGAAGGAAUACAUCCGAGCAAAAAGUCCAAGGGCGCAAAGAGGAACGAACAAAGAAAUCCACCCAGCCCAACACAGAUGGAAGGGAGAGAAGGCGAGGACAUCCUACUGAACACAAGAGAAGAUCUGGACAGACAGAAAGAAAUCUUGCACGCUCAGAUCACAGUGCUCAGAGACCCGAACAGGGAAACAGCAGACGACACUAUCAACCUGCAGGGACUAGCGCAGGGACAGAACGCAGAAAUCCUCACAGCAGCCAGACUGGAAGCCAAGGGGGGGUGCAGGAAAAAAAUAGUCAUACCAUACCAUUGGAACGAAGAGCACCAGGAUUGGGAGAUCGCAGUCGUCAGAUCAUGGUCCCUCUUAGCAUUGAGCAGCCCAUCCAACAAGGUCCUAGCGGCCAACAUCUCAAAGGAUGCUCCAGAAGCUGCGCACAUACUGGGCUCCAAGGAAGAAUGGAGAGAGGAAUGGUUAGACGACGCGGGAGACAUCCUGGCCAUCGAUCUCAGACCGUACAUGGUACGUUACUCGAUGGAGGCACAACUUAUGGACCACAUGGCUUGGAAACCAUGGAAGGUGUUGCACGCAAUUCCCUACGGCCUAAUGGGAGGAGAAAUCCCCGCUGAAAGGGUCGUUGUCUCAGCCUCAUUAGUCGAAGGUCACUUUCUCUUUGAUGGUAGGAAAGACCACCGGGAACAGGUGUUGGAAACAAAUGCGAGACAGGUGAAAAUACGACUCGCCCCCUACAACGAGUCACCUUUCAACUAGCUCUCCAACAAGCAAACAACAACACUAGGUCCCAAACCCACAUUCCAUGACAGCACACCCAAGGUCAGAGUAUGACCAAGAGACAGGCCGGACCAAACACUACACAGUCAGAAUCAAGGAGCCCGAGAUGU